GGGUUUAUGCGAUGGAUGAGUCGUGUGCACUUCAUCAAGAGUAUGGCUCCACAGGAACAUAUUACAUGCUCAACUGAGACAUCGGUCUUGAAUGUAUGCUACUACAUCUCGAUUGCUCUCUCAGGGUGCUAGCAAACAUGUACAUAGCACGCAUGGUCCCACAACUGUGGCCAUGCAAACUCCACAGCAUCGUUCUUACGUUUACGACUGGUUGCUAACAUCCGGAGACAGUGACAUAUGCCGAGCUUCUUACCAAAGUGGCUGACUCUCAAGCGCCCAGAGCGACAAUCAAUUGGGGAUGUAGAACCCCAUAAUCCCAGACCAGCACAACCAGAUUCGUCUCCUGCUGGUGACGAUGAGGAAGAUGAGGACGAUGAGCCGGAGAGACAGCGCUGGGGCAAGAGAGAAGGAGAGCUCAUCAUUCACAUGUACGAGGCAUUGUGUUCCUGGCCCCUUUUUCUGCACCUGGUGUUGAUCUUAUCGCUGGUGUGGCUGACGGGGUUCCUGCAAUACAACUACCCCUUGGUCGUCUUUACCGCCAUAUUUUAUCUCCAUAAGGUAGACAAUGUUCAAAAAGAGCGGUUGCGAAUCCAACUUCAAAACAGAAUGGACGAGCGAAGGUCAAGACUGAUCUUAUCCACGGACGCUGAAACUGUUAUAUGGUUGAAUGCUAUUCUGCAGGAAUGCUGGCCGUCUUGGUUGGAGAGAUACCUGUCACACCUCAUCACAAAUUGCUUACAUCUGAAUCUUGCAUACUACAAACCGAGGGCUCUAAGCAAGCUUGUGAUUGACUAUCUGCGGCUAGGAAGUUCUCCUCCCGUCAUUCAGUUUGCCAAAGUGCACCGUAAUCCCAAUGCACCACGAGGAGAACAGGCCGUACUUGAGCUGGACAUUUCUUUCGUUGCAGCUGACGACAUGAAACUUGAAUUAAUCGCCCGACUGAAAAGAGCAUCCAUGGGUUUGGGCUUGGCUGGGAAGCUAUAUGGAAACAACCUCAGAGUAGAGGGAAAGCUUCGGCUUGGUCUUAAGUUUGUACCAUUUUACCCCUACUUGGGCCAGUUAACAGUUGCUUUCGCAAGUGUACCUGUUCUCGGCCUCAGCGUGAGGCCUCUGUCAUCGAGCAGUGUCGAUGUCACCGACUUGCCGGGCAUCGCUUCUUGGGUGAGUAAAGCAAUCCAGGCUGCAGUGGAAACAUUUCUAGUAGAACCACAUCCUCUUGUUGUUGAUUUAAUCAAGCUAUGCGGAGCAGACUACCGAUUUGACAUUGACAAAGAUGGCACUUACGUCCGUGGUAAUCUGAAGGAGCCAAAGGAUGUUGGUUUUGUAAUUUUGGAAAUUUUGGAGUGCAAAGACUUGGAAGCGAAAGAUCGAACAGGAUUCUCAGAUCCUUAUGUGAAGAUUUCCAUGGACAAAGUCAAAUUUAAAACAUCUGUCAAGAAGCAGACUGUGCACCCCAUAUGGCAUGAGCUAUUUCGACUCCGAAUCAGUGGUUGGAACAUACCAACUAGAGUUUUAUUACGCGUUCGCGACCGCGAUGCAUUUGGAAAAGAUGAUGAUUUGGGCAGUUCCGUAAUCGACAUCGAUAAACUUCGAGGGGGAAAACGACAUGACAUGUGGCUGAAGCUACGAGGUGCAAAGCAUGGAGAGAUUCAUGUAGCAAUUACUAUUGUGGAUCUUGUCGCGAGAACGUCUGGUGACUACGAAGAGGGCAGUAGUAGUACAGGAGACGCUUCGAGUACAUUUGACCGAGACAACAGCAUAGAUGAGCAGGGACUUCGCGCUAGAAUGAAACACGUCAUAUUUCCUCAUUCCUCUGACGGGGAGCAUGAACAGGGUCUUCGAAAGAAGAUGAAACAUGUGAGAGUAGCAAGUGUGGACUCUGAUCGAUUCGAAGGUUUAUUUGACUCGAAGGCGAAUCCUAUGUUAGAUCCACAUUUGGAGGAUGGAUCUCUGGAUAGUGUAUCCUCUGGUGUCCUCCCCAUUGUGGAAGACAAAGCGUCAACAAGGUGGGACAAGGAUCUACCACGGAAGUCACCAAAGAGAAGAACGUUUACAUUUUUGAGACAACGAUCAGCCCCAGUUGCCACCGAGAGAGAAGAUAGACCAUUCACGAAAUGUCUAGGUGGCAAGCAGAGCAAUCUCUCUAAAGGACGUAUGACGCUGAAGGCCCUAUACAAAAGAAUGGCAUCCGAGUUUAAACACUCUCAGGAAACGCCUACAGCACUUUACGAAGUGCCAAUUGGAAGCAGCUCCAUCCUGUAUACCGAAGGGGAUACACUAUCACGCAAAAACUAAGCUGACGCACACUAUGACAUCUCCUUGGAAAAGACCUAGUUGCUCAGGUUCAAAGCAGGGGGGAGGGUAAGUGGAUAGCCAAAAAUAUGGGAAGACCUAGCUGCUUAGUUUUCAAGAUAACUUCACCGUUUCCAGUUAUCCACCACGAUUCUAGCAAGGUCUUCUUCUUGUGAGAAGCGAAGGCAUUACAAGAUGAGAGGCUACACGUCUUCUAACGUUGCCUCUUAGAAGAUCAUCGAGCUAUCAGCUCAGGAAAAAUCUACCCAGUCUAAGAAGCAGAACCAGGCGCCGUAUACGACAACAGCGCACCGGCAGGUCAGCAUGUCCCGGCGCACUCGUAAAAGUUGUAACUGCAACCGCGAACUAAAGACAGAUCAGAACUCUAAUCUAACUGAUCGUGAGCUCCACGAUGACAACUGCAAUAAUUUUCCGCCAGCUCUACGGGACAAGAGUGCGUCAAGCGUCAGACGAACCAUUUUUUGCAUACUGAGAGUGUGACCUGUGUUGCUCCGGUGUCCAAGACUGAAUUAAGUUAUCCGCAAGAAUGUAGGUUUCCACCUCCAGACAAAAUUUACAGGGACAGCAGAGAAGUCGAUAUACUAAUCGGCGAUAAAGACGAGCAGGUAUCCUCCUUUAAUGGAUCCUUGCUAGAAAGAUCAAGCUCCUGAAAGCUCAUCCGUAACCCAACUCCGUAUCCGCCAAGGCACAGUCCAUGACCACAGGAACAGAGGUAAGGCGAUGCGCCCUUCAACGCGUUCAUGGUACAGGACUUUGAGAAGUAUCCACCACUGCUACUGCUGCGUUUGAUUAAUUGACGCUACUUGAACUCGGACCAUACCAUACCAAACCAAUAAAGCAAAGUUAAACUUUGGUGCCAAUUCUGACCUUGUACUAUACAUACUCAUCGUGCAACCUUCCAACGAAGUCAGUUAAAAGGUGAUGACUCUUCAAGAUGCUGAACUGUGGGGUCAGAGAUUAAUCAAUCUCCAAAUCGACAAAAUUGUGACUUCAAUCCAAGCUUCAACUCCGACGUUGAUUAAAGCAUAAGCUGAGCGAAGUACUGAUCAAAGUCGUCAUCAAUCGUUGGUGGUCUUUUUCCCAGUUGCGCU